AAGCGACCCGCCUAAAUUAAUUAGUCAGGGCUCUUUCUAUCAUUGCACUUCCUCGACCGAUUCACAUAUAACAUUCCAAACCGCCAUUUCCAAAGUGUGACUGAACAUAGCUCCUAUGCUGUCCCUCGCAACCUCCCUCCAGGAUGAACAUCACCUUCGGUACGGAUGAUUUUCUACACUACAACGCGCAGUACAAACUCCUAAUCUGCCUCAAAUGCAAGUACGCUAUCCAAAAGACCGCCGUAGGAAACCACUUAUUACGCCACAAAAUCUAUCGUGCGGAGCGACAGAGACUGUUAUCAGCGAUCUCUGAUCUAGAGCUUCUAGAACCUGAUGAUGUGCAAUUCCCCUUGGUGCGGUGUGAGCCGGUGGAAGGCUUGCCCGUUAUCGCUGGAUAUAAAUGUACGGCGACAGACUGUGGGAGUUUGUAUGCAAGUAUUAAACGGAUGAGGAGGCAUUGGAGGGAGAGUCAUGGAUUGAGUGAUUUGCCGCAAGGUUAUGCCUGUGCUGUGUAUUUUGAGGCUACUGGGGGAACACCGAGCGUAGCAGAACCAGUGGUACUCGCUGACGAUAGAAGACCGGAGGAGCAGAGGCAAAAGCGGCAAUAUGCGAAUACCAUGUCUCAUGCACAACCGGACAUUUCCAAUCGAAGUCCCAAAUCCGAUUUAGGCUUGGAUCAAUCCGACCUACUGAAAAUGAGAUACUUUCACCACUUUAUUACCACGACAUGUCUCACACUACCUGCCGGAAGCUCAAAUCCAGUAAAUUACUGGAAAACCAAUGUUGUUACUCAAGCUCUACGUCUGGAGUGGUUGAUGUACGGUUUACUUUCUAUCUCUGCCAGUCAUUUGGCAGUGCUUUCAGAAGAUAGAGUGCUGAAAGAUACCCAUGUACGGCGCUCAAGACGGUUUUAUAGAAGAUUCGAAUCUGGAAUGGGUGAAACAGACUACCUGGAGAUGGAGGUUCAGAUGCUUUGCAUUCAUCGCCUUAUUUUUUGGACGUCUGAAGGGCGUGUCCAGCUGCCUGUCCCAUUGGAUUGGUUGGUGGCUACUGUUAAAGGCUGCACAAAUCCAAAGGUUACGCUUGACUCGAUGGCUCGAUUCAGCGGCGGUUAUGAUGUAAAUUUGGAUAGACUGUGGGCAACCCAUCCACCAGAUUCGAACACUUCGUUACGCACUGAUAUCUCCAGGUCCUCCGCCUUAAAGCGUAUCUUCAACCUUCCAUAUCGCUUGACCGAGAAACUAGGAAGACCAGACGAUGUCACCGAUUUUAUAGCAGUAAUGUCUGCUAUCAGGAUAUUGAUUGAAUCCUACCAUCAAUCCUUCGAUGCAGAGAACCUAGAAAUCGUCUGGAUGGGUAUGAACGGGUGGCUGAGCAAGGUGUCAGAUCGUUUUACUCGAAUGGCCAUCGUCGAGAAGAAGCCAGCUGCGCUCACAGUCUUUGCGUAUUGGUUACUAUUAGUCGCGAGAGCGGAGCAACUCUGUUGGUUUUUGAGAGGGUUGUCGAUGAAUCUGUUGCAUCAAGUUGCAGAGGAUUUGGGUGAAGAUAGUGGUUUGCGAGAUCUAGUCGAGGAAUUGAUCUAG